AUGUACUUUUAUUCGCUGAGAUUAGAUUCUUUGAGAGGGAAAACCAUAAGGGAUGAAAUUGUUCAAGGUUAGUUUUCAUGUCGAAGAAAAAUAAUAUUUCUCCUUAAGGCACAGGGUGAUAAUAUGGUAAUGGCUUCCUCAAAAAGAUUUUUGGGUGACAAUUUUUUUCACAAAAAAAACCGACAACUUGUUAUUUUUUCAUUUCGAAAAUCUGUAAAAAUUGAAAAAAUUAAGCGACUUUCAGAAUUUUUUUGCAUUGAUCUUGAAUUAAUUCUCUAACUUAUGUAUAUGAAGAGCUUUUUUUCCGCUUUGUAUAAAGUCCUUUUGAAAUAAGAUUCAUCUCCUUUUCUCCCAAAAAAUACGGUUGAAAUGAAUAAGGUGUUUGAAAAAUUUUCUUUUUUCUUUAAUCAAAACUUCAAACGUCGUGAAGCUUCGUGGAAAGAGUAGAAACGUCUUUUAAUGAUUCUAGUAAAAAGAAUUUUCUCAUAAUUUUUUUCGAUAUCUCUAUACUUCCAUGAAAAAAAGUCAGAGAUUUAAAAAUUACAGAUCAUAGUCUCGAGCUCUGAUCAAAAGAAAAUCUUGCUUAUUCCACUCAAAAAUCAAAAAUUAGCUGCUAUAAAUAUCGAAAACUGUAAAAUUCCCGUAAGUCAGAGCCUGCCAACAUUUGAAAAGUUUUGACCGACAAGAAAACAAAUCUGUUUUUAGCAACCGCGGACGUCUGUAGACCGCGAAAAGGGCGGCGCGCGAAAAAGUCCGUCUCCUGGGCUCUCGCGCUGGAUGACGUCACCGACGUUCCACCCAAAAGAAUGGUCCCUCCUCCGUCAGUUCUACCACGCGCCGAACCAGCAACCGAGCCAGCAGUCAUGAACAACGCCCGCAAAAGUAAACGCUCCGAGUACGACGACAUCGUGUGUAAGAUAGUUUCAUAUCUUAAUCAUUUAAAGACUGGUUCGAGAACGGAAAAUUCAAAUUUCGCGCAAUUUUUUCACGAUUUUUCGUUGGAUUAGUUUAUUAUCAGAUUUAUUGUGUCUCUCAUACUUGUGUGAUUUAUAUUACCUUCAGUAGAUUUUCAUGGAAAUUCCAAAGCUGCAUAGAAAAAGUUCGCUAAUUUUUUUGGCAGUUAAGUGUUUUAUCACCAAAAGGUUGAAUUUAGGAAUUUUUCGAUAAUUGACCGAUGGAGGUUCUGGAAGUUACAGUUUGUUGAACUUUUUUGGAUUUCAAAAACGGAGUAAUUUCCGAGUUUUGAUUUUCAGGAUCUCCUCGAGGUGAAUUCAGCAUUUUUCAGCCAUUUGAAAAUAAACCAAAAGGACAUUUUCGGUCCGUGUUACCUGAAAUCAAUAUCAAUAAUAUCAUUGCGUCUUCAAAAUCUUUUAAAACUUUCUGGAAACUAAUUCGAAACGCGAGAAAAAAAUCUAUACUUCCUUUUUUUCGAAUUUUUAAACCAACUAUUAGUAUACUACAACAUUUUCAUUUCCUUAAUUACAGUGCCGCCUCCGGCGAAGAUGUUCUCGAAACUCGUGCACAUGAGAAACAUGGAACCCAUGCUGAUCUACUACUAUGGAGAUAGCCGUGAGUUUUUCAGUCGACUAGUGGCUUUCUAGUCGAAGUAUAGCGUCCCAAAAAUUUUCGAAAAUUAUUUUCACGCUCUCGGCUUUUUUUAAGCCUCAAGAGUUGUAAAAUGGUCUAGUUUCACAUGAAUCUCUAGUUGAAAAAUAUCUAACGAAUGAAUUUGAUUCAAAACACAUUCGAAAAUUCAAAAUUAGUCUUUUCUCGCGGAUGGAAUUCGAUUUUUCAGGAGAUGACUGUGGCACGAAGAUGAAUUAUGGCGCUACUUUGAAGAUCGACACUAUGAUGAUCAAUGGAAGACCGAGCGAGGUGGCGAAAAAAGAGGAGCCCGAAGAGCAAAUCGAAGUUGACGAGCACGUCGUGAUCUCUGUACAGAAGCCUACUUCUGCUCCAGUGCCAAUUCCUCUGGAGAAAGAUAUCAAGGUUUGUCUUAUUCCUUAAGUUCGAUAAACCUCUGUUUGGAAAUAUUCUUGCAGAAGAAAGAUGAGAAGAAGGAGGAAAACAUGGACAUGGUCGAAGUCAUGGAUGAGGAUCGCGAGGCUGAUCAUGAUGACAACGAGGACAAAUACACUGACACUGGCAGCGAUUUCACUCACUGCGACUACUUCACUGAAGGUUUAGUACUAAAACUACUCUAAGAUUUUUUUCUGAAACCAUGUUAAAAACAACUAAUUCAUAAAUGCAGAAUCAACUGAGUUUGAUCAGUUUUACGGUUGUUUCAAAGCUCAGAAACAAAUAAAGCGAAAAAACAAGUUUAUUCGUCAACUUCCGUGUAUGAACAUACUAUCAAAGCUUCGGUUCAACUAUGCUCAAAAUUCAUUCACAUAUCAGAAGUCCUUAAAUUUCAUCACAGAACAUCUUGAACUGAUUUUUCAACUUGCAGAGGAAUUCGAAUUCCUGAGCAUCGAAGAUGACAUGGACUGA